CUUGUGCUGACAACCCUAUAUAGAGUCAAUUUAAUUGACACGCUUUUGUAGCUACUGAGUCACCCGCUCAGCUUAGCUACAGGCCAAAACGUGUUCAUGCAUAUAUCAUGUGCAUGGUUAUGGCUCUUUAAGCUUUUGCCAAUAAGAAAAGACUUGAUACUUCUACAGUCUAUUUCUUAAAACAAUUUCCCUUCUUAGUUUUAGUGAUGAAGCUUAUCUAGCAUAGCAUGGAGAGUGAAAGAAGGAAGAGAAAGAUGGAGAAUAUUGACGAACAAGAAAAAAGAAGAGAAGAAGAAGAUGACGAUGAUGAUGACAGUGACGAUGAAGAGAAGAUGAAGAAGUUCUUUGCUUUGUUAAGAAGCUCAAAAGAAAUAAGAGAUUGUAUAAGAAGAGAUUCCAGUAGAUCAAAAGAGAAAGAGGAGAAGAAAGUUGAAUCAGCUGCAGCAGCUUGGACUCCUUCAUUCCAGCCAGAAGAUUUUACAGGAAAUGUUCAAGAGAGGGAAGCAGGUCCUUCUAAAACAACAGAAGAACAAGAACCAGAAAGAGAAAAAGAGAAGAAAGAAGAGGAAGGAGGAGGAGAUAUUAGUGGCUUAGAUUUGAAUCUUUCUUUGUAGGAUUAUCCGGACAAGCUUUUAUUAGCAUGUUGAAAUAUGAAAAUAAAUAGUCAAAUUUUCCCAUUGUUAAUAGUAAUAUUGAUUAAUGGAUUCGGAUAAA